UGUUGUAUGUGAACUGUUGUUAUCUACAUUCAUUAAUUAACCUCUAACUUACCUAACCUUAAUAAAUACUUUUUAUUUACUUGAAACAUGUUUUUUUGCGCAGCAUUUAAAUGUUUAAUGAAUUAUUAAUUAAUGAAUAGGACUCGUAUAGUAAUUGAAACUAGUGAAGCUUAAAAUAUAACAACCACGAUGUCGGAACUAAAAAUAAAAGUGAUUAGUCGCAAUCCGGACGAUUAUUUACGUGCUACUAAAAAAGAUAUUCAGAAAUUGCCUAGAAAUUAUGAUCCAAGUCUACAUCCAAUGGAGGCGCCAAGAGAAUAUGUGCGAGCAUUAAAUGCUGUUAAAUUGGAAAGAGUAUUUGCAAAACCAUUUAUUGGUAACCUUGAUGGCCAUACAGAUGGAGUUUCUUCCAUGGCCAAACAUCCCAGUAGGCUUGCAGUACUAGCUAGCGGAGCUUUUGAUGGAGAAAUCCGAAUAUGGGAUUUAGCUACACGCAAAUGCACAAGAAAUUUUGUGGCACAUGAGGGAUGGGUACGUUCUAUUUGUUACACACCAAAUGGAGAAACAUUUACAAGUGUUGGUGAUGACAAAACUAUAAAAACCUGGAAAUCAGAAAUUCAAUCAUCAGAUGAUGAGGAACCUGUGAAUACACUACUCAGUAUGUCUGUUGUUAGCGGUGUGACACAUCACCGAUCAAAACCAAUUUUUGCUACAUGCGGUGAACACUGCCAACUAUGGGAAAAUACAAGAAAUGAACCUAUCAAAGUUUUCAAAUGGGGUGUUGACAGCCUUCAUCAUGUUGCUUUUAAUCAGGUUGAAAAGAAUCUAUUGGCUUCAUGUGCAAGUGACAGAAGUGUCAUUCUGUAUGAUUGUAGAGAAUCAGGUCCCCUAAGGAAAGUGGUGCUAGAAUUAAGAUCAAAUGCACUUUCUUGGAAUCCCAUGGAGGCUUUUAUAUUUACUGUUGCUAAUGAAGAUUACAAUUUAUACACAUUUGAUGUUAGGAAACUAAAUUAUCCUGUAAACAUACAUAUGGACCACACAUCAGCUGUAAUUGAUGUGGACUAUUCACCCACAGGCCGUGAAUUUGUUUCUGGUAGUUAUGAUAAAACAAUAAGGAUAUUUGAAAGUCUUAAAGGACACUCACGAGAUGUUUAUCAUACCAAGAGGAUGCAGAGACUGACAUGUGUGAAGUGGUCACUGGAUAAUAAAUAUGUACUCUCAGGAUCUGAUGAAAUGAACAUAAGACUAUGGAAAGCCAAAGCAUCAGAAAAACUUGGUGUGCUGAAACCUCGUGAACGUACUGCAUUAAACUACGCAGACGCUCUAAAGGAUAAAUUUGCGAAUCAUCCACAAAUAAAGCGCAUUGCACGGCAUAGACAUGUACCAAAACAUGUCUACAAUUCACAGAAAGAACUCAGAACGAUUAGAGAAAAAGCUAAAAGGAAGGAGGCCAACAGACGCGCUCACAGCAAGCGUGGAGCGGUGCCGCACGUUGCUGAACGUAAAAAGCAUGUUGUUAAGGAAGAUGAGUAAAUUGUGGAAAUUGUUAAAAAAAACUUGUUCUGAUUUAUUCUCAGUUUGUUUCUUCUUUAUUUUAUAUGGCUGCCACCAGUUUUGACAGACGAUUCUGGCGUUAUGGUUUAAGAGUGUUAUUUUGUAGCUGUGGCAUAUUUUAAUUUUCUCAGUAAAAUUUGAAAAUUUUGUUCGGGUUC